AUGUACAUAUACAACGUUUUCGACGCAAUAGAGAGUGCCAUCGAUGCAUACGACGGCAAACUGUCAGACUACUACUUCCUCAACCAAUGCAUGCGUAUCAUUUGCGAGCUAUACGGGAUGGUUCUCCUCGGCAUCAUGGACUAUUUCCUCGUGCUUCUCGUGCUCCGGUUCGACGCCGAGGAGCAGCCGUGGCGCACACUCGGCCACGACCCCUACGGAUUCAUCUGGUCCAAGUACACCAAGGUCUACGAUGUCGGCAGUGUUGAAGAUUUCGGCACGCAACAGGCUGGCAACAACGGAACUUUCCAAGGCUUGGAUCUUCUGAACGCCACAACGCCUGGUCAAGAACUUGACUAUAGGCUGGUCCUGCGCAGAUACGGCAAGGGGUGUUGUGGAGGUAUCCUUGGGCUGUAUGAUGGGUGGAAAAUCUUUGGAUUCUUCCUACACUAUGCCAUACAUGAUUUCCGCGCUCUAGCCGGUACGAGAUCCGCUCUAAGAGAAAGCGGCAUUGACGACUCGGAAACCGCCUUGGAGCAUUGCAUCAUAUGGGCUUUGUCGCUUGUUCCCAUGUUCUUCAGUGGGCAGUCUUACUACGAUAAUCCAGUGCAAUCAAUAGUUUGGCUGAUCCUGCUGGAAUGUAUCAUACAGGCGUUCGUCGUGUUAGCUCGCACGCGAUUGGAAGAGGAAGAAGAGGACGAAUGGUAA